CAAACCCUAGCUAUCAACUCUUCAAACCCUAGCUAGCAACUAUGUUGUGCUACUACUACAUUUUGUUUGCUAUUUUCUUUCUAUCAUCUUUUUUCUUCAAUAGAAUAAGACUAUCUUAUAAAUAUUCAAAAAAUCAUACUUCACACUUCUCCACUACUACUUACACCCCUCCUUCAUACCCUAUCAUAGGUUGCCUUAUAUCUUUCUACCAAAAUCGCCGCCGUCUUCUAGAUUUUUACACUCAUUAUCUCUCUCAAUCUCCGACUCAAACCAUCCUCCUUAACCGCCUUGGUGCCCGGCGAACGGUUAUAACUGCUAACCCUGUCAACGUCGAAUACAUCCUGAAAACGAAUUUCACCAACUUCCCUAAAGGAAAACCCUUCACUGAAAUCCUCGGAGAUCUUCUUGGUUGUGGUAUAUUCAAUGUAGACGGUAAUUUAUGGUCAAAACAACGUAAAUUAGCUAGUCAUGAAUUCACAACGAGGUCUCUGAAAGACUUCGUUGCGAAAACACUUGAAGAUGAAGUUCAACAUAGACUUAUUCCAUUGCUUGAAUUGGCUUGUAAUGGUAAUCAUGUUAUUGAUAUGCAAGAUGUUUUGAGGAGACUCGCGUUUGAAAUUGUGUGUAAAGUUUCACUUGGUUAUGAUCCUUGUUGUUUAGAUUUAUCUAAACCUUUGCCACCUCUUUUGUCGGCGUUCGACAAAGCUUCUGAGAUAAGCGCAAUGCGCGCGGCUUCACCGAUUCAUUUGAUUUGGAAGAUCAAGAGGAUGCUUAAUGUAGGGUCUGAGAAAUCACUUAAAGAAGCUGUUGAUCUCGUUCACGAAUCAGUGAAUGAGAUAAUAAGGAAGAAGAAAAAAGAAAUUAGUGAAAAAAUUGUUAGUGGGAGUGAUUUGUUGACAAAGUUGUUGGAGGCCGGGAAUGAUGAAAUCAUGGUCCGAGAUAUGGUUAUUAGUAUGAUCAUGGCGGGGAGAGACACGACAUCGGCGGCUAUGACAUGGCUUCUUUGGUUGUUGUCAAAGAAUCCAAGCAAAGAGGAAUUGAUAGUGAAAGGAGUGAGGGAAGUUUUUGGUGGAAAAAAUAAUGAUGAUGAGUUUGAGUUAAUGAGGUCUUUUGAUUAUGAAGGUUUGAAAGAGAUGAAGUAUUUGAAAGCAUCUUUGUGUGAGUCAAUGAGGUUGUAUCCUCCGGUGGCAUGGGAUUCGAAGCAUGCCAUCGGCGAUGACAUGUUGCCGGACGGAACUAGGGUUGGAAAAGGUGAUAGGGUGACUUAUUUUCCAUAUGGAAUGGGGAGGAUGGAGGCUUUAUGGGGAAAAGAUUGGGAAGAGUUUAAACCAGACCGGUGGUUCGAUAAACCGGUGGGAGAAGAGGAUAAUAAUGGAGUUUUGAAAGUUGUGAGUCCUUACAAGUUUUCGGUUUUUCAGGCUGGUCCAAGAGUUUGCCUUGGAAAAGAUAUGGCUUUUAUUCAAAUGCAAUAUGUUGUGGCUUCAAUUCUAAAUCGGUUUGAAUUUAAGCCGGUGUCUAAUGAUCAACCAAUUUUUGUUCCUUUUCUUACUGCUUAUAUGGCUGGUGGGUUCAAAGUGAGAGUUCACAAAAGAGUUCAAUAUGAAAAGUAUGGAUGCAAAAUGGGAGCUUUGAAAUGGUGCUAUACAUGCUCUCUACCGGCUUCUGCUUAUUUCAUAACUUUAUAUUUUUUAAAUCAAUGAGUGGAAAUUUUAUACAAGAUAAUACCAUAUUAAUUGUCAUUGUUAUAAUAUGUUUUUUUUUUUUUUUUUUUAAUCUAAUCUAAAUGUUAUAAUAUAUGUGAUUUCACACAAAUAAAGGGUUUUCUUUUUUCACCAUCAUUCAUAGUCAUCUUGAUUGUACUAUGAU